AUGACCAGUUCCGCUCCUCGGGACGAAUUUUCUCCUGAAGCCAUUCCCACCUUCGCACUCACAACUCCACCGCGCCGUCUUGCGUCAAGCACUUCCAUUCUUGACUUCCGCACUCCAUCUCCGCCUCAUGACCUUUCUAAUCUUUCUGUUCUCCCUUCAUCUUCUGAAGAUGAAGCAGAGACAUGCGAGGCGGAUGUUACACCCGUCCGAGUGGAUGAGGAUGGCCCUGCCAAUCCGAACUAUACCGCGAUGAAGACCCCGAAGCCUCCUGGAGCGUGGGCUGCUACACCCUUGGCUCCGACUGUAUCAUUGUCAUCGAUGCCUCUAUCUCGAGCCAUUUCUGCUCCUGAACGGAGUUCGGAGAUAAAGGUCCCAGCAGGCAAUGGACUGCUCACGCCAAUACCUUCUCUGUCGCGCGCUAAGUCUCUUCCUCUACGCACCCCGGCACCCCCUGGGGCAUGGAUGCUCACUCCAAAUCAACCCAUGACUCAGAAUGGACAGAAUGGUUCUGCCGAUCAAUCCCAGUUUGGUUCUAUCGGAAGGAGGAAGAGCAUUCUCAAAGUACGCUUUGACGUCACGGAAUCAGAGGCUUCAACUGCUGAAGUUGAAAAAUCGCCUUUACCUUCUGGACGCGUAUCUGCGCCAGACUUUCUGCCUGAUAGCCACGCACGACAGGCGGAGAGCGACCCUUCAAAAAUGAUCAACGGUUCUGCUCACGUUGAUGUCGUACAUGAUCCAGUGCCAGCAAGGCCCGUCACUCCUGAACGUUCUACAACACCCAUAUCUCGUGCCAAUACACCAUCGCCACGUUCGCUGAGAAAAUCCCCCACCGUCAAGGUUGUGGAUGCAUUCGGUCGGGAAAGGAUUGAUGACCCUCCAACAUUGGCUGAUGCACAGGAUAUUGCGAACGGGCAUGUGGAUGCGAAAGACGUAGUUCGUUCACUGUCGUCAGCUGAAACUCCCCGCGCUCCUCGUGUCCAACACAAGAGUAAUAUUCGUAUUGUCGAUGCGAUGGGAAGAGAAAUUGAGGAAGAAGUCGACCCUGUGAUUGAACCCCUAUUUGAAGAAGAGCUGUUAGUUCUGCAUGAUGAUCCGCCCGUUGGUCGCACCAAAACACUGGCUCGGAUGCGGCAAACGCUUCAGGAGUGGGCCGAUGGGCUAAGUGAUGGGGACAGGUCUGCUGAUGAUCUCGCUUUGAAUACAAGCCACCUUGAGGAGCUAGAAAAAGUUUCGAGGGCAGCGCGGCAUGCUCGGAAUCAGUUAGCUCAAAACCUUCGUGUUGAAUCUGUGAAAGAGCGUGACCUGGUGCACAAACAUGCGAAGGACGCUGUGAGCCGAAGUGGGCUUUUGGUAAGACAAAGUCCGGCCAUCAUUGGCGACAACAGUUCUUUCCAUCGUGGCAUGGCUUUGCUCGGAGUUGUGGCCCAAAUAAUCUUCGUCCUUGCGAUGUGGCGAUUGGCACAUGUCCAAGCUCGCCGACUGUUUUAUACCGUCUAUUAUGAUCCUCUAUACCCAGAGUUGAAUCCCUUACCUGGACACUCCCGUCAAUUCUCGCCGCCCUACCCCUCAUUUAUGUGGUCGCUUUCGAGCGCGUAUGAUAUUGUAAGACACGAAGGAUGGUCAGCUUUGAAAGCGGAGCUACAGGGCACUGUGCGCCGCAUUGGUCAACAUGCUUGGGAGAAGUGGGGAGAACGCCCUUACACCGGAACAUGGCCACCUACGUGA